ACAGAGACAAAUACACAAAGACACAGACACACACAUCCACGUACAAAAACAGACACAUACACGUACAUAAACAGACACAUACAUACGUACAUAUAUACUCACAGACACACAAGUACAUACAUACAUAGCCACACGCAGCCAUAUAGAUACACAGAAAUAUACUUACAAACACAGCACGCAUACACCCACACAUUCACACAACACACAUUCAUAGAGAUCUGUCAUUAGCACGGGUGUUGGAAAUAGGAGACAUCAUCCACGCGCCAGCUAACGGCUUCUCCCUUCUCGUUCCAAACCCUUAAUCGACACCUGCAUUGCAGUGCCCCCCACCCCCAUGGUUCUGCGCCGCAAGUACAGCGUGCGGGGGGGCGGUGCGGCGGCGGCGCUCAUCGCCGAGCAUGGCGACCUCUACCGCUCGUACCGCGGCAGCCAGCAGCAGCCGCUGCUGCUCUCGUUGCUGCUCAUCCUCGCCGCCACGUGCCUCGCUCUGCUCGUGCUCACCUUCGCCACCGAGAAGACCCCGUCCAUGCAGGUGAUGUUCCUGGCCACGGUGAGCGCUGGACUGGCCAUCUUCAUGCUGCUGCUGCCGCUGGUCGCGUGCUUCGGGGACUCGCUGCGUCGCUCCGCCCCGCUCCCCUCCGUCGUCGUGUGGGCCCUUAUGAUGGCCGGGGCCUUCCUCUUCAUGUUCAGCAGCGGAGUGGUGGUCUCGGCCUGGGACCAGGUAUGGAUCUUCCUCUACAUCAUCUUCGUGAGCUAUACAAUGCUGCCACUGAGGCUCAGGGAGGCGGUGAUCGCGGGGUCGGCGACGUGUCUCUCCCACAUCAUCACGACGGCGAUCUACGUGGGGUUGCGAACCGCCGACCGCGGGAUCCUGGCCCGGCAGCUGGUGGCGAACGCGGUGAUCUUUGUGUGCGGGAACCUGGUCGGCGCCUACCACAAGUGGAUGGUAGAGCUGGCGCUGCGGCACACCUACAGCGAGACCUACAACUACGUGUACAGCAAGGCGCAGCUUGAGGCUGAGAAGCGCAGACAGGACUGCCUGCUGCUGUCGGUGAUCCCCACCCACGUGGCGUCGGAGAUGAAGGGAGACAUCUUGCUCAAGUUCCGUGGGCCCCAGACCCCAUGGCUCGAGAAGUCCAACUUCCACAACCUCUACGUGAAGCGGCACAAGGACGUGAGCAUCCUGUACGCAGACAUCGUGGGCUUCACGCAGCUGGCGAGCGUGUGCACGGCGGCGGAGCUCGUGGGCGUCCUCAACGAGCUCUUCGGCCGCUUCGACAUGAUCGCUAAGGAGAACGCAUGCAUGCGGAUCAAGAUCCUGGGCGACUGCUACUACUGCGUGUCGGGGCUGCCCAUGCCGCUGAGAGAGCACGCGCACAACUGCGUGCGCAUGGGACUCAACAUGUGCCAGGCGAUAUGGCAGGUGCGCGACAACACGGGCGUGGACAUCAACAUGCGCGUGGGCGUCCACUCGGGCAACGUGCUGUGCGGCGUCAUCGGCCUCCGCAAGUGGCAGUACGACGUGUGGUCACACGACGUCACGCUCGCCAACUACAUGGAGGCCGGAGGACUGCCCGGUCGAGUUCACAUCACGGAGGCGACGCUGGGAUUUCUGGGAGACGCGUUCCUCGUGGAGCCGGGCAAUGGGGGGGAGCGCAACGCGUACCUCCGCGAACACGGCAUCAGCACCUACUUCAUCAUCGACCCCAAGGCUCAGCGGGUGGGCGAGCGCCGCGUCAGCUUUGUGGAGGACGCGAGCUCCCGUGGGCGCACGUCGGUGCGCGUCACCAACUACCUGGGCACGUGGGGCGCAGCCAAACCCUUCACCCUGCUCGGGCACCGCGAGAGCAUCGUCCCGGAGAGCAAAGACAAGGGGAUUCCGCUCACGCCAGCCAACGGCAACAAGAAGCUCCACAGGGCAAAGUCACAGAAGAUGGUUGAGGACAGAGUUCGGCAGAAAAUGACCCAAGAAAUUGCGGCUAUCAACUCACAGUGGCAUUGCACACAAACGGAGGAAAUUAACCGCGUCUCGCUGUGGUUUGAUGAAGCGGAUCUGGAGAAGAAGUACCGGAACACGGCCCUGCCACAUUUCCCGUUCUACAUCGGUUGCGCCACCCUGGUGUUUGGCAGCGUCUUCGCCGUGCAGAUGCUGCUGUUUCCCAGGACGGUGCCGUUCGGGAUCUCGUGGGGCGUCUCCGCCUUCAUCAUCCUCCUCGUCCUCGCCACGGCCAUCGCGGGGAAGCUGAUGGGCCGUGACGCGGCGUGGGCACGGGACGUCACCUCGUUGUCGUCGUGGGGCCUCUGGCUGCGCCUCGUCCUCACCGUCCUCGCCACCGGCACCGUCCUCGUCAUGGCCGUGCUCAACAUGCUGCUGCUGCCCCAGGAUUCUGUGUGCGCCCCAGGGUCCAGCAUCACCGCCGAGUGCGGAUACCUGCCCUACGCGGUCUACUGCUGCCUGCUGGGCCUGGUGAGCGUCUGCGUCUUCAUGCGCGUCAACCAGGAGCUCAAGCUCCUGCUGUUGGCGGCCGCCGUGGCGGCGUAUGUGGCGAUCCUGCUGCGCACACACGCGCUCCAGCUCGACGCCUUCACCUGCUCGCUGUACGCCGAUGGCGCCACGGCCGCCAACAGCACCGGUGCGGCCUGGUGCUCCGCGGCGGCGGCAGGGAACGCCACGGCGUCGCUCUACCCGAAGGGCAUCUCCGUGCUCAAGGACAUAAAGAUCAUGGGCGUGGUGGCUAUCUUUGUCUUCCUCGUCACCCUCGUCUUCCUCGCCAGACAGAACAACUACUACUGCCGCCUGGACUUCCUGUGGAGGACGAAGUUCGAGAAGGAGAGGGAGGAGCUGGAGAUGAUCGGGAACGUGAACCGAGUGCUGCUGCAGAACGUGCUCCCCGCUCACGUCGCCAACAUCUUCCUCAAGAUGAAGAUGCCCAACGAGUACCUCUACAACCAAGCGCACGAGGCCGUGUGCGUCCUCUUCGCCUCCAUCCCCGACUUCAAGGAGUUCUACAACGAGACCGACGCCAACAAGGCCGGCCUCGAGUGCCUGCGCCUCCUCAACGAGAUCAUCGCCGACUUCGACGAGCUGCUGUCAAAGCUCAAGUUCAGCGGCGUGGAGAAGAUCAAGACGAUCGGCAGCACGUACAUGGCGGCCGUGGGGCUCAACCUGACGGCCGGACACGACCACGCGCAGAUGAAUGUGCGGGAAGAGGAGGAGCGAGGCAAUGCGCACGUGGGGCUCGCGCUGGAGUUUGUGCUGGCCAUGAUGAGCGCGCUGGAGCAGAACAACCGCCACUCGUUCAACAGCUUCAAGCUGCGUGUCGGAUUGAACCACGGGCCGGUGAUCGCGGGGGUGAUCGGUGCUGAGAAGCCGCAGUACGACAUCUGGGGGAACACGGUGAACGUGGCAAGCCGCAUGGAGAGCACGGGCACCGUGGACCGCAUCCAGGUGACGGGCGAGACGGCCCAGGUGCUCGUGUCGCUCGGCUACUCCUGCGAAAGCCGCGGCAGCAUCAACGUGAAGGGCAAAGGUCGCCUGGAGACGUUCUACGUGAGCGUGGACACUUCGCGAGCCCCGGGGUCGCUGCCCGGCUCGGCGGCCCCCCGCAACCUCGUCGGCUUCAAUGGCAAUGGAGCACCCUGAGCGGACAAUGUCCACGGAGGUGCCUCGGUUGGCCCGGAUCCCAGAAUCGGAUAAUUUGAAGGAGCCCUUUGUCACUUGCAUGAUGAACUCUGCCCGUCCCGUGCAUACGUGCGUUACUGCAAUGUGUGGAGUCCGGCAAGGGACGGACGGACGGAUGA